CUUUUCACAGCAUUUUGCAUGAAAGUGGCAGUCUGCGAGGAUUACCCAGUUUGAGGGCUAAAAACAGGAAUACAACUUGGGUGCUAAUUUAGACUCAAGGCAGAACGGAAGACAUGGGCUCUGUUUCUAACCAGGAAUUUCCAGGAGUGUGUAAGACUGAGGAGGAUGAAGGACCGAGUACCGAGGAGGAUUCACAGUCUUUCCACGGGGUCGGCGUGUGCAAGUGGUUCAACGUCCGCAUGGGCUUCGGGUUCCUGUCCAUGACGAGCCGGGAGGGAGUCCCGCUGGACGAGCCGGUGGAUGUUUUCGUCCAUCAGAGCAAACUUCACAUGGAGGGCUUCCGCAGCCUUAAGGAAGGUGAGGCAGUCGAGUUCACCUUCAAGAAGUCGUCAAAGGGCCUGGAGUCCCAGAGAGUUACAGGACCAGGGGGCAUCCACUGUGUGGGCAGUGAGAGGAGACCCAAAGGAAAGAACGUCCAGAAACGGCGUUCCAAGGGAGAUAGGUGCUACAACUGUGGAGGCCUGGACCACCAUGCCAAAGAAUGCAAGCUACCACCCCAGCCCAAAAAGUGCCAUUUCUGCCAGAGCAUUGACCACAUGGUUGCCAACUGCCCAAUCAAAGCACAGCAGUCCUCACCAGGUUCUCAGGGAAAACCGUCCUCGGUGAAAGGGGACGAGGAGGAGCACAGCCACUCGGCACCGCUUCCCGAGACCUCUGAUUGAACAAGUAAAUAUGCGUCAAGGAAGCCGGGGAAGCACAGAGGCCAAUCAAACUGCUUUACUGGAGAGAAGGGUCACAAUAUCCCUUCCACUUGGUGAGGCUGCUUUUGGAACUACCUCAGGUUGAAAAAAUAUUGCUCAUGAAGAAUGUUGCUGAAGGUGUUGUUUUCAUUUGGUGUAACACUCAGGAAUACUGCUGUACUACUGAACUCAGGAAGUCUUUUAAAUGUAUUAAUCACUGCUGUUGAUUGAGGGGUUUGAGAUUAUAAUGAAUAAUGCCAUAUAACAGAUUAUUUUGAUGAUUUUUUUUUUUUUUUUUUGUAGAUUCUGCAUUUCAUACUGUGCCUCUUGUAUGGGCAUUAGACCUCCUCUGCUUUUUCGUAGUAAUAUUCACUCACUGUGUUAAGCAUAUAGCUACACUUGCUGCCUUACCAUUUUGACUCUUUUCCUGAUUGUUACACCUCAAUAUCCGACAAAACAGAGUCGUGACAGUACCUCUGUGAUGAAUGUCAGUUUGCAUAUCGCAUGGGGAAUGGGCGGGUAUGUGAAAAAGCGUGGGACGGGGUUUAGGGUAUAGCUAUAGGCAAUGUAUUGGCAUCUGCCAGUAUUGCAAGUGACCAUCCAGAUUACCUGGGGCCAAAUGAAUGUCAGACCAGAAGUCUUUUCUGGCUUUUGGUUGGAGGUAUACGAGUCAUUUCAUUGUUUUGGUCCAGCAUUUUGCUGGUUGUUUAAGGUGCACGGUCUACCUCAUUGGUGCGUGUUUGGUCUGCUACAAAAACCUUUUAUCCUUAAGUGAUAGGAAACCAAAUAUUCUCUGCUCAGAGUACAGCUUUCGAGAUUGUGAUGUAGAUUGGGAUUAAAUCAAAUCCUUCUUGCACUACAUUAUUAACACAGAAAUGUCCUGGUACCGAUAUUCGUACAAAACUUUUCUUUUAACUUGAAGCAUUAUGUGACUCAGCUUCGCAGUGGUAGUAUGUUCUCUUGUCAGUUGACUGCUGGGCAAAAAUACUGCUACUUUGUAAGUAGUUACAUUUGGAUUUGACUGAAUUCCAAUCAAUGUGAUAAUAUACCCAAUAUAUGUAGAGCACCACCUCUAUAGUAAGAUACUUGACCUGGACUGAGUUACUGAGUGGUUCAGCUAGCUCUACACUUGAUACUUGAAUAAACUGAGGCAGAAUCAGACAUGAUGUUGCUAGUGGGAAGGCUGGUGUUUUUUGUUUUCAUCCAGUGUGGUCCAUUACUAGGUAGCUUUUAAAGACAUUACCUCCUAUGACCCUUAGCAGGGUAAUAGUUCAGGAACACCAAGCCUGCAUGGAGGAGCAUGUAGAACUAGCUAGCUAUUCAGCGUUUUACUCCCGUUUUACAGGAGAAGCUGACAAGACUUUUACACCCAAUUAAUAUAUAUGUAAAAUUAUUCUAAAGCCUUUUUAAAAAAUCAUACUACUUAUUUAUUUUCAUCCAAGUGUGCUGCAGUUUCUCCUUUCGCUCCUUUUAAAGCCCUCUCAGCGAUGAAUGUUCUCCUAGACAUCAGAAAGCUGCCGAAUGUCGUUCAAAGCUACAUUUGACUUGAGAAUUUAUUUGGGUAACGCUUAUCAUCAAGGUACUCAUAUUGUUAUGUAAGUUUUACUAUCUGUACUCUGUAACCCUUGUUGUAAAUCAUCGUCACUGUCCUUAAUGAUAAUUCAGUGCAGUAUGAAUGCAGUGCAACAAUGAUACAUGACAUUAUAAGGGUUAUAAUGUACUCACUGAGCAGGGACAUAGUAGUAUGAGGACUUAUGUAAACUGUGACUUUUAUUUCCUUUGCCUUGUGUAAUUUUUUUUUCUCUAUUUUUAUACUCGGUGAACCUUCCCAAGGGGGGGCCCACUUGUGAUAUCUCUCUAUCUAUGCCAAAACCAAUGCAAUGUUACUCUGCACUAAUCAUGUGUAAGAUGCAUUAAUAUCUUUUAUAUUCAGUUUAAUCUUUUGUAACUAUGUGUUUCAUAUUUUUAUGUUUAGUUUUUUUUUGUUUGUUUGUUUGUUUGUUUUUUUAGUUUUUGAUUAACCGCAUACAGUUGAUUGCCUCCACUCUCAGGCUUAUCUCAGGAAUUGUCAAUCUGAAAACUCAGGGAAUAAUUCAGAUUGAUUGGUAGGAGUCGAGGAGUGUUCACUCAUGGCAAAGUUGGGAUGCAGUGCAAAGGACAAAGGUGAUGUGGGUACUGAAAUAAUUUGCCCUCAGUUGUGUGUCCACUUGUGAGUGUGUUAGUGGAACAGAAAAGUCCUUUCUGCUCAUCCACGGAAAAUACAGAAAUAUUUGUCAAGAAAUCAGUUGCAAGUUACGUAAAACAGUAUAAAUAUCUUGAUAUAUACAGGCUUUUUUUUUUUUACUUUUAUAUUCUUAUACUUUGUCAACUUAUCAUGCAACUAGUCUGAUGUUCCUUAUUUUCUCCUCUUUGACAUAACAUGCCAUGAUAUGAUAUGAAGAAAAUGUUCCGCUAUUAUUGUAUUUUUCCUCUAUAAUCGUUGUAGAUGGGGAUGUAGUAGAAUAUUGUUAAGGGAUUGGGGCUAGUAGUAUUUAAAUUGGGGUUGUCUCAUCUCAAUACAUGGUAUUUCAGACUAUCAAUGCUUAUGACAAAAAAGAAUGUGUCAUGGACGACUUACUUAACACUCAUCAGAUCUUGUUGCACACCCAGAUCUUCUUGCGCUGGGUGAUGGUCGUACAAAUUUUCCAAGUUCUAAAAACACACAGCAAUAUAUAUUUUUAAGAAAGAAACUGCUCAGGAUAGGAAAGGAGGGCAAGGGUUGUUGAAGCAAGUGUUGUGGCUCGGCUUUUUUCAGUAUGUUUCAGUUGAAGUUACUGUUCAUGACCUCAGUACUAGUAGGAUCCUCUAACUUGAAUACUUUCCAGUCUUUCCAUUUAAAAAUUUAAAAAAAAAAAAAAAAAAAACAUUGAAAAUUGGAUUACAGGAAACUUAUUGUACU